CACAAACAAGCCACUGUUUACUUGGUGCGUGUUGUCAGGAUCCGGGCCUGCUUACUCUGUUGCCAUGGUGACAGCGCCUGGUUGAGCUCACAAAUCGCGCUCCUGCUGUAGGUCACUUACUGAGUGGUUGACGCAGCAACAUCGCAGCCGUUCCCAGGGGGGUUGGGAAAGGAACCCGGGGCUCGGGGAAAGGAACCCGGGCUCAAGUGUCGCCCUGUCUACUCCCUAAAUCUCCAGCAUGUCGGUGCGAAACCUGCUGGCCCGCGGCUGGCAGCUUGGCCGGUCGGCCUUGCGCCGCUUCACCCCCGCGGCAGAAUCCAGCCAAGUGCCGCGGGUCUGCGGCCCCGAGUCAAGCAGCCGCUCGUAUGUGUUGCCAGCCCGUUACCGGUAUUUUCGCCACUCUAUUGCAAGCCUGGCUGCCCAGCUGCAGCGCCAGGCGUUUCGACAGCAUCGUGGGCCCCGCGGGGCCUUGCUGGCCUUCGGCCUGGGCCUGGGCUUCGUCGAGCAGCAAGUGGAGGAGGUGAGGACCUGCACCGCUGCGUGCGAGCAGAUCCAGACACUAUUUAAAAGAAAGAAGAUUAAGUAUGAAAACUCCAUACCUUUGUCCACCAUUGGCCAUUGUCUGGAAGAUUAUAAGAUCGGAGACCCCAUUGGAAAAGGGUGUAAUGCAGCUGUGUACAAGGCCUUUAUUUCUGGAGUGGCCAAUCCAAGAUCGAGCAGUAAAAUUGUGACAAAGGAGCAACCGCCAGAAAGUAGAAGCGAGGGAAAGAAAGCUGCUGUUGUACCAGAUAUCUUCAGUGUUGAUACCGAAAUAAUAAGAAAUAAUUCAAUGAUUUCACAGGAAAAAUCAAGUUUGAGUUUUGUUGUUCUGAAGAGGGAUCCACCUGGUGGUUUUGAGGGAGGCGCCGGCUGCCCAGGCGGUGGUUCCGAGGGAGGCGCCGGCUACCCUCUGGCUUUAAAAAUGCUUUGGAACAUAAAUGCAGAGUCCUCCAGUGAUGCGAUCCUGAGAACAAUGGGGAAGGAGCUGGUUCCAACCAUCCCUAAUGCUUUAUCUGGAGAGUUUGGUAAAACCAAACGAUUAGUUGUACCCUCACAAUAUAACAUAGGGAAGCUGAAAUCACAUCCAAACAUCAUCCAGAUUGUCCGGGCAUUUACAGCCAAAUUUGCUCUGUUGCCUGGAGCAUGGGAGGAGUAUCCUGAUGUACUGCCCACCAGUGUGAAUCCUAAUGGGUUUGGACGCAACCACACACUCUUCCUGGUGAUGAAAAGCUAUCCAUGUACACUGAAGCAAUACUUGCAGGUCUGUAGCCCCUGGAGUGAGUUUGCUGCACUGAUGAUUCUUCAGUUACUGGAGGGAGUGGAUCAUCUGGUUCAACAUGGCAUUGCACACAGAGACCUGAAGGCUGAUAAUAUUCUGGUGGAGUUUGAUUCAGUUGGCUGCCCACGUUUAGUGAUCACUGAUUUUGGUUGCUGUCUGGUAACUCCUGAUCAUGGAUUGAAGCUUCCUUUUACCAGUAUGGAGGUUGACCGGGGAGGAAAUGCCUGCCUCAUGGCUCCUGAGAUUUGUGCAGCAGUGCCUGGACCCAAAGUAGUUAUUGAUUAUGGAAAAUCUGAUGCCUGGACAGUGGGUACUCUAGCCUAUGAGAUUCUGGGAUUUCCAAAUCCCUUCUAUCCACAUGGAAUGAAUUAUCUGGAGAGCAGGAACUAUGAAGAGAACACGCUGCCGCCUUUGCCAAACUCUGUUCAUAGAAACGUGAGACUGGUGGUGAAGCUUUUGUUGUGCAGAGAUCCCAAGAGGCGCCUGUCAGCAAGAGUUGCUGCGGACAUGCUGCACCUACAUCUGUGGGGGACAGAGCUCCUUGCUUCAGCUGAGAUCUGUGCACAGAAGCUAUUUGACUGGCUUCAGUGCCAGAUUCUGCUCACGUGCCUGCAGGUCACAAUGAAUCGUGAAUCGUCAGUGCAGACCGAACUAAAGAGGAACUUCUUGGCAAAUCUCAGCUUUGAAGAACUGAACCUGGCACUGGAUCUACUGCUACAUGGGAAAAGCAACAAGUUCACCGAUUAAUACUCUGGGUUCCAAACUGAAUUGGGUGAGAACUAAUGCUACUAAUUACAGGUCUAGGAAUAAAACAUUGCAUUUAGUUCCUAAUUAAUAAGAUGAAAAUGCAUUUAAUCAAUUGGGGCUUCUGCUGGAUAAGUAGUUGAUGAGGUAAAUGGUGUUGUCCUUUGCCAUUCAAUACCAGCACUAAGGAGAAGAUGUAAUUGGCUUCUGUAGGACUUGAACAGUUGGGAAAUAAAUGUCUGGGUUUGUUAUUAACUGUUUACUGAAGAAUGUUAGUCUGAAAUGGAAGCCAGCACACUGCUCAGUUAACUUUUUUUUUGCAUCGUUUGUACCUUGAACCCCAGACCGGGCACUCAGCACUUUAAUCUCUUGUUUUUUUUUUCCUUAAAAACCAAAAGCUAUCCCAGAACCAAAGUGCAGGGGAUCAUCAAGUUGUCAAAGGUAUGAGUGGAGAGAAGGCAUCAUUGAAGUAGCACAGGCGAUGUCACAAAGGCUACGUUUUUGAAGGAGGAGGAAGGUGAAUGUGAGGAGUUCCUCAUGUUUGAGAUUUUAGGGAAGGAAAAAUAAGUUUACAGAUAUGAAAUAUUAAUCCUGUGGAUGGAAAGUCCUAGAUUUUUUUCUUGAAUGUAAUCUGUGCACAACUAGAAACUACACUGUUUUCCUUGCUGUGUUUUCUGAAUUGUGGAAGUUUCUUCCUGCUGGAUUAGCCAUUGAGCUAAUUACUUGGCUGUUCACACUGAUCCACAGAUACGUUUUCAGUUUGUAUUUGCAAUGUAGCUCUGUUAAACUGAUUUAAGUAAAAAUAGGAUUUGAAAUUU